UUUUGCAUCAGCGCUUCAUUGCACUUGCAACAAUUUGUGUGCAUUCAAUGUUUGUAAAUUAGUUCAAGAACUUCUGAAUUUGAAUAAGCCUGUAGUUUACUGGGGAUUCAAUCCAUACGUAAUGGUCUGCUACCUACACUGUCAACAUUGAGCUGUGAAAUUUGAUUUUACAGAUUGCGGAAGUUUAAGUGCAGACUGCAGCCGUCAGGAUGCCGGAGAUGGUGGGACUGUGGGAGCGCGUCAAGGACAUCGGCUCCGGCGGCUUCGGCAUGGUGGUACUUUGGAGAAAUGUCACCACCGACCAGAAAAUCGCCAUCAAGCAGUGCAGGUGGGGGGAGCCCGGCUCCGGAACGGAGGCGCUGAUACAGCCCAAAGUCCGCGACAGAUGGAGAAAGGAGGUGGAGAUCAUGCUCAAACUGAACCACAGGGGCAUCGUCAGCUGCAUGCCACUACCUGGUGACUUUCAGCUGGACCCAGCCGCCCUGCCACGACUCUGUAUGGAGUACUGCGAGGGAGGAGACCUCAGACGGGUGCUGCUGCGGCCGGAGAACUGCUGCGGCCUGCCGGAGCUGGAGGUCCGCCAGUUUCUCAGUGAUAUCACGGACGCACUCUGCUACCUCCACGGUCUGCGGAUCAUCCACCGGGACCUGAAACCUGAGAACGUCGUCCUGCAGACGGUGCAUGGCAAGCCCCUGUAUAAGCUGAUCGACCUGGGGUACGCCAAGGAGCUGGACCAGUCGAGCGUCUGUACUUCGUUCGUGGGGACGCUGCAGUACCUGGCACCGGAGCUGUUCCUGACUAACAAGUACACCUGCACGGCCGACUACUGGAGCCUGGGCCUGGUUGCCUACGAGGUAGUCACUGGAGUGCGGCCCUUCCUGCCUAACAUGCCUCCAGCCAUGUGGAUGCAGCACGUAUCUCGGAAGGACCCGUCUCAUAUAGCGGCCGAGAGGAUGGAGGACGGUUCGAUCCAGUUCCGCUCGGAGAUAUCCGUCUGUAACCACAUCUCGCCCCCGCUACGCUACCACCUGGAGGGGUGGCUGCGCCGUCUGCUGGACUGGGAGCCGCGGCGGCGCGGCCGGCCGCUGCCUCCCACCGCCGCCGGCCCCCCGCAGCCCACUCACGGAGCGGGAGGACAGCGGGAGCCGGGGCUGGCGGGGGAACUGGCUGGACUGGCGGUGUCGACACCGGCACAGGGGGCGGCGCAGGCCGGGUCGGAGUCGGCCCCAGGCCCUGUGAUAGUGUUCAGUCAGCUGCAGGAACUGCUACAGCGCAGGGUGGUAGCGGUAUUCUGUGAACACUCCUGCCAGCUGUUACACGCCGAGAUAUCGGAGAGCACUACCAUGGGACAGCUGCAGUGUCACUGCCAUCCUGUGCGAUGGUCCGAAACUAAUCCACCCCUGAACCACAUCUGA